GUUCUUAGCAGCUUCCGGGUACGUACGGCCACCCAUAAUGGAUGAUAUAGACAAUAUUAUACUGCAUUCGCUGCGACAGAUCGAUUGUGAUCUGGAUGAAGAUAUACAGGGAUUGGAACAAUUUACGCCUUCUAUUUUAGUUCGAACCGUUACGAAAUGUUUGCUACUAAUCGAUCCUUCCCUGGAUCUGCCCCACACGCUUCCACCGGGAAUGGCACAAAGGUUUACCGUUACGGCGCGGCUAGCGGAAGCUUGUUCGGCCGUAGGAUAUCGGCGCGAUAUCGGAUAUCAAACGUUUCUGUACUCGAAUGUGGCUGAAGUGCGGCGCGUCUUUAUGUUUCUUAUCGAGCAACUUCCCAAAGACACAACCGAUAGCGCCGAUCCGGAAGCACCGUUCGAUCGGGUUACAGAUUUAGAGAAUCGUAUCCUGGAAAAUAUGCGUCAACAGUUGCGCGGCUCUUGGCGUACCGAUGCGUCUCCGUUGGAUCUCAGAAAUUCGUCACUGGGAUGGCCAAGCCGGGCUCGUGCUAACAUUCCCUUCGUAACGCAAAGCGAUGUUACGGCCGAAAUUAAAGAAUAUUGGUUGCGCCGUAGCGGAUUCUGGGAUGAGGAAAAGGAUGAAGUUGAUCGAAAGCUUCCCGAAAGUGCUGUUAAGGCAGAGGAUUCGAUUUUAAAACUACAGGCGUACUAUGCGCAAUAUAAAUCGAAAUCUCCCUUUGCCGAAGACUUGGAUGAGCAUGAAAUGCCCAACAGUUUGGAUCAGCUUGAUGUAGUCCAGCAAGAAAUUGACGCAAUCAAUACGGCCAUCGAAGAGACAAAGCGCGAACAGCGAGAUCUUCUAUCGAAACGUGCGAUUGUUGAGGAGAAUGCGAAUACGUUGGAAAGCGCAGUGGAAAAGUUAAAAGAGGAGAAGAAAAUUAAAGAACGAACGCACAUCCUGCUGGAAAACCCGGAGGUUAACGUGACCAAACUGGAGUCGAUCAUUGCGGCCGCCGGUGAGAAGAUGAAAAAAUUGCAAAGCCAAUGGGAGGCACAUAAGGCACCACUGAUGGCUACACUACAGGAGCAUCAAUCCAAAAAUUCUGACCAAGUUAGUAAAUCUCAGAAAGUGGUUGAUCAGAUCGAGUCUGCACGGCACAAAUCCGAGGAAGUCAUUGUGGAUCUGCAGACCAAGAGCGCCCUACACGCCCGGCUGGUGCAGGAGUACGAGCGGAUGGGUAAAACCGUUAGUCGCACAGCAUACACGAGCCGAAUCCUUGAGAUUGUCGGGAACAUUCGCAAGCAGAAGACGGACAUCGACAAGAUUCUGCACGAUACGCGCAGUCUGCAGAAGGAAAUCAACUCUAUCACUGGUCAGCUCGAUCGUCAAUUCACCGUAACGGAUGAUCUGAUCUUUCGGAACGCAAAGCGGGAUGAGUACUGUAAGCGUGCCUACAUUUUACUGGUCGCCCUGCAUACCGAGUGCAGUGAGCUGAUUGCGCUGGUACAGGAUACUGGCACCGUGAAGCGGGAGGUUCGUGAACUGGAGGAUCAAAUCGAACACGAGAAGGAUCGAAAUGUUGCAGCGAAUCUGACCCAGAUCGGGCAAGAUUUGGAGGAGAUGCAGCAAGAAAGCCGCCAGUUGGAGGAAGCCAUACGCCAGCUGGAAAUGUCCGGGACAUCAGCCAAUGGGAUACAGUGA